CACGACCAUGAACGCCUCUCGCAUCCUCCGCAACAACAUCCUCCCACGCGCAAUAGCAAACCUCAUACCCAAAGAAACCGUCGAAGCACUCUCCAACAAACCGCGCAACCUCUACGAAACACUUGCGCGCCUUCCACGGGACGGCGUCGGCGCACGCGUCUUCCAAACUCGUUGGCAAUCCAAGGGCAUCGAGGGUAGUUUCUGGGAAAUCUCGAGGGUGAAACUUGAACAUGAGGGGACGAGGGGACGGGCGUGGGGGAGACUUGUUUGGCGAGGAAAGCCCGUUAGUGAGCGAGAAGAGGUGGUAAGAGGUGGAUUAAAAUAUAUGUGGGCCCAAGGGGUGUCAAGGGGCAAGAACCAGCCAGCCGUUCAGGACGUUUCGUCACGACCUGUUUUGGAGCAAAUGAAGAAAACGGCGAAAGAACGAAGAGCAUCGUAGGCCAAUCGUAAUAUUCCGGACGGUAUCGCACUUGCAAGUGUGAUGUACUGGCUUUGGUACAUGGGGAGAUCAAUCCACUUUCACUCAACCCUUUAUUCUCGCAAUAUUUUCAUGUAUAUGUCAUUAAUCAUGCCAUAAUAUUUACAAUACUC